GUCUGGAAUUGUCAAUCAGCUGUCCAAAAAGCUGACUUCAUCUCAGCUUAUGCACUUUCUCACAGCCUUGACUUCCUGGCACUGACUGAGACGUGGAUCACCACCGAGAACUCAGCAACACCAGCAGCCUUAUCCUCUGCCUACACCUUCUCUCAUACACCGAGAGGAUCUGGCAGGGGUGGUGGUACAGGUUUGCUCCUGACCAAGAAAUGGCAAUUCACUACUGUGAAUGUUUCUCACCUUAACAUCUCAUCUUUUGAAUUUCAUGCUAUUACUGUUACUUUUCCGAUUACUCUUCAUGUCAUUGUUAUUUACAGACCACCUGGCGCACUGGGAGACUUCAUAGGAGAGCUGGAUGUUCUUCUGAGUUUCUUCCCUUCAGAUGGAACUCCUCUGACUGUUCUUGGUGACUUUAAUCUCCCUUCAGUUCAGUCCUCCUGUCUUCUUCCUCUUCUUUCAUCUUUCGACCUCCUCUUUAAUCACAGCCCUCUGACACACAAAGGAGGCAAUCUUCUGGACCUGGUCUUCAGCCGUCCAGCUUCUGUUCUGGACCUCACUGUCACCCCACUGCACCUCUCUGACCAUCACUUUGUGUCCUUCUCUCUCUGUCUCCCAACUCUUCCUACCUCCAACCACACUUUCACCCUUACAACACGCCCCAAUCUUCACUCUUUAUCUUCCUCCCUGUUGAUCUCCACCAUCCUAACUUCACUACCUAACCCUGACACUCUUGCUACCCUUCCACUUAACUCUGCAACUAAUACUCUACUUUCUUCUCUUUCAACAUCCCUUGAUCAGCUCUGUCCUCCUACCCUCAAACGAGGAAAACCUUCUCACCCUGCUCCUUGGCUUUCAGAUGCACUGCGCAGCAACAGAAGAGAAUUAAGGGCAGCUGAGAGAAAGUGGAGGAAAUCUAAGCUUGGUGUUGAUCUCCACUCCUACCAUGAUCUGCUGUCCAGAUUCUCAUCUGAUGUGACUGCUGCAAAAACAUCUUUUUACAAAGCCAAGCUUGAACAAUCUGCUGCUGACCCACAAUGACCUCCACGAUCCGUACCAGUCUGGCUUCAAGGCAGCACAUUCUACAGAAAC